AUGGCCCGAGCGCCAUACGACGAAAAACUAGACGACUACGGCCUCGCCCCGGUCCGCCUCACUCCCUCACCGCGCCAUCAUGAGGAAGGCUACCUCUCGCGGCAGUUGAGCCGCGAGGCCUUUGCCGAGGCGGAGGAGGCCGCGCGCGAGACACAUACCGACAUUGGUCCACCACCAGACGGCGGCGUGGCGGCGUGGAGUGCCGUUGCCGCGGCGAGCUGUGUGUUGCUGGUCGUGUUCGGCUUCUCCACCUCCAUGGGACAAUUACAGGCAUAUUAUCUCGAAAAUCAAUUACGUGGGCAAUCCAAGGCCGACGUUGCGUGGCUAGGCUCCAUCCAGUCCAUGCUGAUCUACAUGGGCUCGUUAUUUGCCGGACGCGUAUUCGACGCUUAUGGCCCCGAACGGUUGAUGUGGGCGGGCACAGUUCUGCUGACGAGCUCAUUCAUCGCUAUGGCAUUCUGUACGCAAUACUGGCAUCUGAUCCUCGCACACAUGCUUUUCGGGAUUGGAGGAGGGACAGUGUACUCGCCGUCAACGUCGAUUUCAGGACACUGGUUCGCGCGCCGGCGAGGAACCGCCGUCAGUGUCGUGAUUACCGGAGCGGGACUGGGCGGUAUUGUCUACCCUCUACUCAUGCGGGAGAUGUUUGUGCGCCUCUCGUUCCGGAAUACACUCUUCGUGUUGGCCGGCUUCACAUUUAUGGCCAUGAUUCCGGCGUGCACGAUCAUGCAUGCGCGUCUUCCGCGUCGCAAACCACCGCCAUGGUCGAUCUUCAAGGAACCGUGGAAGGAGGCGCCGUAUGUGUGUCUCGUCAUUGGGGCGGCGGUCUGGUUGACCAACGUCUUCACGCCAUACUUCAACGCCCCGCUGCUGGCAGCUACGAACCGCCUCAGUCCCAAGAUCACGUCGUACGCCGUACUCAUCUUACAAUGCGGCUCGUUCGUCGGGCGGAUCUUGGUCGGACCCCUCGCGGACCGGGUUGGCGUGUGGAGUGUAUUUGGAGCCAUGUCGUUCCUCUCCUCCCUCUUCGUCCUUGCCCUCUGGACAGGCAAUGUUGGUCCAGGCGGGGCAAUCGCUGGACUCGUCCUCUUCGGAAUGAGUUCUGGCGGGUGGAUGACAAUGGUGACAGCCGCCACAAGUGCCAUCUCGCCCGUGACACAGAUCGGUAUGCGCAUCGGCAUGCUCUGGACAUUUGCCGCCAUUCCCAACCUCGUCGGCCCCGUUAUUUCUGGUGCGCUAAUUGGUGUGGCGGGCGGAAAGUUCAUCUACGCCGGCCUUUUCACUGGCUUGAUGAUGUUUGUCGGGUCGGCAAUCAUGGUCUCGCCACAUACAGUCACGUGGUGGCGGCAGAGGAAGAUGAAAGACGGCGAGAGCAUCAACACCAACAUAUAG